CCACCAGCACCUGGUAACACAGUUGAUAAUAAAAGAGGAUGAAGUAGAAGAUUCCAAGCAGUUUAGCACUAUUAGCAAAAAUCAAGAUUAUUUUUAAGCAGCAAAAGAAAAUACAGAAGAGCAAGAUGUUGUGACAACACAUUUACAUUCUGCAAGCAUGUACGUGAGCUCUCUCCUGGAUAAAGAGACCAGCAUGUAUCCAGGACCCGCAAGGUGCAGCAACAACAACCUGCCAGUGCAGAACUUUGUGCCCGCUCCCCCCUACUCAGACUACAUGGGGUACCACCACGUGCCAGCUCCAGACGGCCACGGACAGCCCGCGGGAGCCUGGGGACCCCACUACGGCCCCCAGAGGGAGGACUGGAACGCUUACGGCCCGUGCCCGGGGCCCUCCGGCACGGCUGCUGCCGCGCAGCUCAGCGCCUCGUCUCCUGGGCAGGGCUCCUACAGCCCAGCUGAGUACAGCUCCCUGCAUCCCGCCGCAGCCGGGGGGUUACCUCCUGCAGGUACCGGUGGCACACAGCAGGGCUCCCCCACCAGCCAAAGGCACAGCUCUUACGAAUGGAUGAGGAAAACGGUGCAAGCUAACACUACUGGUAAAACAAGAACAAAAGAGAAGUACCGGGUUGUUUACACAGACCAUCAGCGACUAGAAUUGGAGAAGGAAUUUCACUGCAACAGAUACAUUACAAUAAGGAGAAAGUCAGAACUUGCAGCAAACCUUGGACUAUCUGAAAGACAGGUAAAAAUCUGGUUCCAGAAUCGCCGAGCCAAAGAAAGAAAAAUAAUCAAGAAGAAAAUCUCUCAAUUUGAUGGCAGUGGGGGCUCAGCUCAGAGUGACUCCAGUUCACUCAGCCCAAAUGAAAUAACAAGUUCCCUGUUCCCACCACCACACGGAAUAAAUGUAUUACAGUCUACUGACAUCCAUCAGGUCAUAGUUUCAGAAUGAACAGUGAGGGAAAAAGAAAAAAAGAAGCUUGUUUUGUUUUUUAACUCCCUGUCUUGAAAACUCAGCUUUGCAAAGGACCACUCUUCUGUAACUACCUUCAGAAUACUCAUUUACACAGAGGACCUGGGACUAUUAUAAAAAUAUUUCAAUUAAAGAAAUCUCAGGGAGCUCGUGUUGCUGCUAAUACUCAUCACUCACAAUCUUUGGAAUAGGAGAUAAUUUACUUCAGAUACCGAAGCAGAAGAAGAUACUACUGGAGAUUCAAGUAAACAUAACUCGUCUGCUCACGUAUUGUCAGUGAAAAUUGUCAGUGAAUUGAUUAUAGAGUAAUAUAGCAUAAAACGUUAUGAUGCUGGAUGUAUUUACUUUGUUACAUUUUAUAUAAUUAAACAGUAGAUUUUAUAAGUAUUCACA